AUGGUCUGCUACUGGCACGAUCCUCCAGCAAACUCUCCAACCCAGGCCUGUUGGAUGGAUUUCAUAGUCUCCGAGCCUGCUCUCUUCGAGGGCACGCUGGCCGCCAACACGCGGCACUGGUCUCCUGACCCAGCCUCUCAACGACGAGCCGAUGACCAUGUGUCGCGGGCUAUCAGCCUGGUCAUUGACCGGAUCCAAAAGGGCAGCGCACACACGGAUGGCAUACUUGCUGCCGUGGCCACGUUGGCAUUCGGGGAGAGUCUCCUGCGCAACGAGGCGGCCUGGCAACUGCACAUGGAUGGCUUGGCCCAGGUUUUGCAGGACCGGCGAUCGAAGGGGUUGUGGGAACUGCCAGAGUGGUUCACUGGCUUGCUCAUCAUAGUAUUCCCCGCUAAUGUCGGCGAGCAGCUGCACUAUCACGGGAACUCUGAACUGUCUCGAGUGGUUGUAAUCGGCAGCAGGCUUGCCCAGCUCCGCCACAUGCUAGAAAACUAUCACGAGCGUGCGGACCACCAAGACAUCCCUGUCAACGAGAUCAACUCGACUGUUCGAGAACUCCACAUAGCGGCCCAGUUUCUUGGCUCAAGUUCAAGCCCUUAUGUCCGCGUUGCCUCGCUAGCUAUCGAGCUGUAUCUCCACUUCUCUUGGCCUGAACAGCCCAGUGCCGACCUCUCCUCGCUCGCCCGGCGUCUGAAAGAUGCAUUGCGCCAGCUCCCUAUCAAGCCGUGUCCAUAUAUGGACCUCACAUCAACCUCAUUCGUCCUGGGUCUGGUGGCAGCAGAACACGACAGCGAAACAAGACUGUGGUUUCUCUCGAGGCUGCGGGCAGUCGUGGCAGACAUGGAGUCCCGCGGGUGGACACGCCCGUUGCAGCAUCUAGAGCGGGCUAUCGAGUCCGACCAGCGCCUCGCUGCCCGCUUCAAGGCAAUAUGGGAUGACGCCAAGGACUGGGUGCCACCAUCCGACUUCUCGUACAACCGAUGA